CCUCGCGCCGCCGCCAGCUCUUCUGUAUAGGCCGGCCGGCCUGUUUCAAGGCGAGGGCCUGGCUCGUGCGGCUCUCGCGCCGCCCUGGCUCCUCCCCUUUCCCCGCCUCCCUUUCCGCCAGGCCGGCCGCCCUGCUCUCUCAGAGGCUUAAGCCUGCUUUGGGUUCCUUCCUCAGUGGGUGUCAGCCUAGGCCUCGCCGGGCCCCGCCCCUCCUCCUCCUCCUCCUCCUCCACCCCCGGCGCCCUCUCCCUCCUCUCGCCCCCUCCCUCUUCCAGCUCCCAGUUGUCAAUCAGGCGCUGGCGCUGAGGCCAGGCGGCGACGGCGGGAGGAGAGACGGGCACCUACGCCACAGCCCAGCGGCGGCCAUUCGUGGAAAAAUAGGCCGGCCUGCUCCUCCCAGCUCCGGCAGCGACCGGCCUUCUCGCCGCCGCUACACCCCCAGCACCCCGCCCUCCGUCCCUCCCCUCCUCCUCCUCGAGCCGCGCCUCAGCGGGCGUUAAUGCGGGAUGAGCGAUCAAAAGAAGGAGGAAGCUAUGCCCUCGGAGGGAGAGAAAUCUCCUGAGGCUGAAAACAACAACAAUAAGAAAAGCAAAACUGGAGCCUCUCAGGAUUCUCAGCCUUCUCCUCUGGCUCUACUGGCAGCAACUUGCAGCAAAAUAGGGACUCCUGGUGAGAAUCAAGCAACUGGACAGCAGCUUAUUAUAGAUCCAAGCCAAGGUUUGGUGCAACUUCAAAAUCAGCCACAACAGUUAGAAUUAGUAACGACUCAGCUUGCUGGAAAUGCUUGGCAGCUUGUUGCGGCUGCUGCUGCUCCUCCUACUUCAAAAGAGAACAACAUCCAACAGGCACCUUCUGUUGCUUCUAGUGCAGCAAGUCCCUCCAGUAGUAACAAUGGAAAUGCAUCCCCUUCAAAGACGAAGACAAGCAAUUCUUCUGCGGCAACUCCAGGACAGUUUCAAGUCAUACAAGUACAGAAUCCAGGAGGUACUGUUCAGUACCAAGUGAUUCCACAGAUUCAAACGACAGAAGGUCAACAAAUUCAGAUCAAUCCUGCUACUACUACAACUCUGCAAGAUUUACAGGGUCAAAUCCAGCUCAUCCCUGCAGGAAAUAAUCAAGCUAUUCUUACAGCUACAAAUAGGACAGCUUCUGGGAAUAUUAUUGCUCAGAACUUGGCAAAUCAAACAGUGCCAGUCCAGAUUAGGCCUGGUGUUUCAAUUCCAUUGCAGCUGCCUAUUGCCGGCACUCAGGCACAAGUUGUAACUUCAUUGCCUAUAAACAUUGGGGGAGUGACUCUAGCAUUACCUGUAAUAAAUGUUGCUGCAAGUGGUAGUACUGGACAGGUUACACAGUCCAGUGAUAGCGGAGUUUCCAAUGGAAAUCAGCUACUGUCCACACCUGUCACAACCACUGCUGUUAGUACUAUGCCAGAUUCUCCUUCUUCCACUUGCACAACUACUGCCUCCACUUCGCUUACAAGCAGUGAAACUUUAGUAAGUACAGCAGAAACAGGCCGGUAUGCAAACACAGCAACAAGUUCUGAGUCUAGUACUGAAGAACCUCAAACAGCCACAUCAGAAACAGAGACUCAGAACUCUAGUCAGUCUAAUGGAUUGCAAAAUGUGCAGGAUCAAACAAACUCACUGCAGCAGGUGCAAAUAGUAGGUCAGCCUAUUCUGCAGCAGAUACAGAUCCAGCAGCCACAGCAGCAGAUCAUUCAGGCUAUUUCUCCACAGUCUUUUCAGCUCCAGUCAGGACAAACUAUUCAGACAAUUCAGCAGCAGCCUUUGCAAAAUGUUCAGUUACAAGCAGUGAGUCCAACUCAAGUUCUCAUAAGAGCACCAACUUUAACCCCAUCAGGACAGAUCAGCUGGCACACAGUACAGGUCCAAAAUCUUCAAAGCCUUUCAAAUCUUCAAGUACAAAAUGCUGGAUUGCCCCAGCAACUAACCAUUACCCCUGUAUCUUCAAGUGGUGGUACUAUAGCUCAAAUUGCACCAGUAGCUGUUGCUGGUACACCAAUAACGCUAAAUGCUGCCCAGAUUGCUUCAGUGCCUAAUCUUCAAACAGUAAGUGUAGCCAACUUGGGUGCUGCAGGUGUUCAAGUGCAAGGAGUUCCAGUCACCAUUACAAGUGUUGCUGGUCAACAACAAGGACAGGAUGGAGGCGUAAAAGUACAGCAAGCUACACCAACUCCUGUCACUGUAGCAGUAGGAGGCAUCACAAAUGCAGCCAUUGGUGCUGUUAGUCCCGAUCAGAUAAUUCAGGUGCAGUUGCAUGAAGCCCAGCAAGCUUCUGAUCAAGACGUGCAACCUGGCAAAAGGUUAAGAAGAGUUGCUUGUUCAUGCCCUAACUGCAGAGAAGGAGAAGGAAGAAGCAGUAACGAACCAGGAAAAAAGAAGCAACAUAUCUGCCAUAUUGAAGGUUGUGGAAAGGUUUAUGGGAAAACAUCUCAUCUCCGGGCACACCUUCGCUGGCAUACUGGAGAAAGGCCAUUUGUAUGCAAUUGGAUCUUCUGUGGGAAAAGAUUUACAAGGAGUGAUGAACUGCAGAGACAUAGGCGAACCCAUACAGGUGAGAAGAGAUUUGAAUGCCCCGAGUGUUCUAAAAGAUUUAUGCGAAGUGACCAUCUCUCCAAGCAUGUCAAAACACACCAGAACAAGAAAGGUGGGGGAACAGCCCUCGCCAUUGUUACCUCAGGUGAAUUGGACCCUUCAGUUACUGAGGUGCUUGGAUCUCCGAGGAUUGUCACAGUUGCAGCCAUUUCUCAAGAUUCAAACCCAGCAACCCCUACUGUUUCAACAAACAUGGAAGAAUUCUGAAGGAACAUUAUUCAAAUGCCUAGAGUUGCACUUAAGUUUACAUACCUUUCAAGAUACGAAAGUGGGCUGGUAAAAGUGUAUUACAGAACAGGAAAUCAUGUAGUCAGUCUUGAUUUCUGUAAGUAUUCCAAGUUGGAGGACUAGCACAGGAAGUGUACUUUGUAUAACAAGAUAAAAAAAAUAAAAAAUAAA